ACAAAUCCCAUAAUGCACGCGGUCGGAGCGUAGCGGUGCUGGGAGUUCGGCCAAGGAAUGGCUGAAGGUGUAGAUGAGAACGUUCCGGUGUUUGAGCUCACUGACACCAACACCAAGGUGAUCCACGUGGGCUCGUUCGGGAACCUCUGGAGGGAGCGGCUGACCAGCCACGAUGUGAGUCUGGCUGAGGAGCCCACCCAAAACCUCGCGACAGAUGCCGAGCUUGCUACAGACCUGGGCUGUACAGAAGAGACAGCAGCAGAGCUCAAACUACUGUGUAGCGUGGAUGCACUGAAAUGUGGUGAAAAUGAAGAUUUGGAUCCCCAGAAUAUACCCGAAGACAGUAACCUAGUAACAUUGGGUAUUCGAAGGAAGGUAGUGGAAAGACGGAAAGCCAUGGUUUAUGAUCAUGCUUGCCGACAAGAGACACUUCGUUAUGAAAUGGAAUAUCAUGCUUUGGGAAAGAGGCCUCAAGAUUCCUCAAAUAUGAUAGAAGAAGGAGAACUGCUCCUCACACUAAAUAUUAUGUAUCCAGUCAUAUUUCAGAAGCACAAAGAUUACAAACCUUAUGCAACCAUGCUGGUCUUGGGUAGCCAGAAACUCACAGAGCUGCGGGAUGCUAUGAAGUGCGUCAGCGAUUUGCAGAUUGGAGGAGAGUUCAGCAGAAACCCUGACCUAGCCCCUGAAAACAUUUGCAAGGACCUUUUUAAAUCUGCAUUCUUCUAUUUUGAAGGCAUAUUCUAUAACGACAUGAGAUAUCCUGAAUGCAAAGAUCUGAGCAGAAAUACCAUUGAUUGGGCAGAAUCCCGUGACAGAGGCUAUGGAAAAUUUCAGAGUGCUAAAAUGGAGGAUUACACAUUUAAUGACUUGCGAAUAAAAAUUGGUUUCCCUUACUUGUAUUGCCAUCAAGGAGACUGUGAACACAUUGUUACAAUAACCGAUAUAAGGCUGAUACAUUAUGAAGACUGCCUGGAUAGAACUCUUUACCCAUUGCAAGUCAAGAAACAUUGGUUCUGGACUAGAAAGUGCUAUGUGUGUAAAAUUUAUACUGCUAAGUGGGUAACAAAUGAGGACAGCCUCGCUCCAGAUGACCCUUGCUUUUUUUGUGAUGUUUGCUUCAGAAUGAUACACUAUGACACAGAAGGCAAUAAACUGGGAAAAUUUUCAGCUUAUCCUUACGUUGACCCAGGAACGUUUAACUAAAGACUGAACAAUGUGAUUGCAUUACAUAAAAUGAGACAUCUAAUCUGCAUCUUAAUAACUUGUUAAUUAAGCAACCAUGGGGACUUGUUCGUAUUGCAAACGAAACAUAAGACUGUUUAUGUAUAUUGUUAUAAUUUUUCAGAAGGAAUUGCUAUUUUAUUUAUUUUGUACUGCUUGUUUAAAAAAAAAAAAAAAAUCAUGUUAAAAUAUAGCUAUUUUUCCACGGU